AUGUCUGACAUCGAGGCGUUCAGGCGUGUUGCUGACGUGCUCGAAUCCUUCAAGCCUCUCCUGUUGGAUCUGAGGAAAGAGGAGCGAGACGUCAAUGGCAAGUAUGAUGAAAGCGUGCGAGCAUGGAAGGAGACGAAGGAAGCAAAGACGGCGGCAGAGGUCAAGAGAUUGCUGAGAACGCGGAACAUGUACAGGGAAGCGCUGAAAGAUGCCAUCGACGCAAUGACGGAAGUCCGAGGAUUGUUGGACGAAGGGCUCGCAACAAGAAAGGAGGGGGGGGACGCAGAAGCCGUAGGUAAGCCAGACAACGCAUGUUUCUUGGAGCAGUACGGAGCAAAGGCGGAUCGAGUGGAGCAACUCCUUGGGGAGUGGAGGGGGAGGAUAUCGAUGCUCGGGGCGAAUCUUGAUGGGGUACAGGGCUCGGAUGGCAAGGAGAGGAGCAACAAGCUCCAGCACAGUCACAGCACGAGAUCGCAGCUGCUGAGGGUCGAGGAGGAAGAGAUCCGACGGAGCUGCUCCAAAUCAGCCGGCAAGCAGAUAUUGGAGGUUGUCAGAAGUCUGAGGGAGGUCGAGGGCUCGUUGAGUUUCCAUUCCUCGCUGCUCGCUGCUCAGGAGACGAUCGUCAAGGAGUCCAGCUACACUAAGGAUAACUUCGCAUAUGGAUCGACUCCUUAUCAUUUGUCUCAGUGUGAUGAUGUCAAGUCGACGAAGCGUUCCAAUCUCUUUGUGGUCUGGGGAAGUUCGAUCGGCUGGUUCGUCUUCUAUGCAAACUUGACGUAUGGGAUCGUAAGCAGAGGGGUUGAACUUCUUCCUACCCUGCAUGAAAUCGCCAUGAGAGAGAUGGAGAGGAACAAUCUCUCUGGCCUGUCCUUCACCUGCGGCGACCUUCUCUUCGACGAGCUCGCCGACGUCAAGAUCCUCCUCCUCACCUCUCAGUGCUGGGACGAUACCCUGAGGUCUCCCCAUCCUCCUGGGGUCCAGCUGGGGGCUGACGGGGGUUGUGCGCAGUCUCGUCAUCGACUAUCAGGCGUCUCUCGACACAAGGUCUCUGAGGUACAGGGACAAGUCUCCUGGAACGACACGCAGAGUUUUCAUAUCUACCGCAAACAAGCAGCAGCUGGGAGCGUUGCUGACCCCUUAGCUGGGGACUAG